AAGAAUACGGGCCGCCCGUUAAUGCGAGUCCUCUUCUACCGUUGGAUUACGGCCGAGGCAGCACGCAAACGGACCGAGCCAUAAAACGUCGAAUAAAACUAAGACGUCCUAUUCCAGUUACCAAAGAGAAAUGGAUCAGUCUCGGGCAACUCGUCAGCAGGGAGGAACCCCUCAAAGUGCUGUACCAGUGGGAGCGUCCAGACAGGGCAAUGUCCCCGCUCUGGAGAGAGGCAUCAUCAGUGGAGACAACAUCCAGUUCCGGAGGCUGCGGCAGCGCACCCGUCUGUCCCAGUCGGAGAGCUCUGGGGAGGAAUGGUUAAGCUCCUCCGUGGAGGCGAGCGGCUCAUACGGUCAAAGCCCCGUCCUCCAGGGCAUCCAAGCAGAAGCUUCGUGGCGCAACCGCAGCUCCUAUGAAGACGCCGAGGGCAACUUCCAUCGCCGACUGGCCUCCAAUGGCAACGGGCCGUUCUCAUCAUCUCCACGGAGCCCAAACACCAGAGGAUCCUUCACUGCCCACUCCAGACGUGGACAUGGUCAACAGCAGGACCAGGGGCACACUGUGACCACCGUGAAGGCCUCCGGGACCCCCCACCGUCAGCUCAAUAAAGGCCGCAAUCGCACUUCCUCCGAGACUGAGCAGGGAGGCAAAGGCAGCAGGGGUCCGCACCCGAGGAAGAGAGGCCUCUCAGAGACGGAAAGCAAGCCCAGACGGGACAAUACCAAAAUGAGCGGACUGCAGUGCCUUGCCACAGAGAACAUCUGGUUCGACAAACAGCGCUACGAUGAGGCCGAGAAGCGCUUCUACGAGGGAGCUAAUGGUCCCGCCACACACCAGCAGGAGACAGGAGUUAAUGACAUCCUGCAGGACAUUGCUAACUCCCGAAAGAAUAUCGAGCAGUCCCUAAACGGAUCGUCCUCACAGGCAGCAGGAGACCAGGAGCUGGUCUCACGCAUGAAGAGUCUGGAGCUGGAGAACCAGACUCUGCACAAAGUGGUGGAGACCAUGAGGGCAGCCCUGCAGAAGCUGGAGACCAGAGUAGCUGUGCUGGAAAAGACUCCUGCACAAGCAGCCGUCCCCUGUGCUAAGGCUGCCCCAGUCCAAGCCGCUCCAGUCAAAGAGGUAAAGAUGGAAAAUGGUGAUGAUGACGAUGACGACGACGUGGAUCUGUUCGGCAGCGAUGAUGAGGAGGAGGUUGACCGUGUCAAACAGGAGCGCCUGGAAGCCUAUGCUGCCAAGAAAGCCAAGAAACCCGCCCUCAUUGCCAAAUCAUCCAUCAUCUUGGACGUCAAGCCUUGGGAUGAUGAGACAGACAUGGCAAAGCUGGAGGAGUGUGUGCGCUCGGUGCAGAUGGACGGGCUCCUGUGGGGAGCGUCCAAGCUUGUGCCAGUGGGCUACGGCAUCAAGAAGCUGCAGAUCAACUGUGUGGUCGAGGACGACAAAGUCGGCACCGACAUCCUGGAGGAGGAGAUCAUCAAGUUCGAGGACUUUAUCCAGAGUAUUGAUGUUGCUGCCUUCAAUAAGAUCUAAAGUCCAUCGGCCGGUUCCCAGCUCCACCAAAGUAUUGCUGCUGCUCUCGGCUUGUAUGGUUAUUAAAAAGCAAAGCUGUGAGCAUAAA